GGCCAAUGAAGGGCCCAGAACCGGACCAAGCCUAUGACACUGAGAAUUCCAAAUAAUUAACGGUAUCUCCAGGUUGCGAUUAUCCCACUGGAGUAUUUUAUUUACGCGAAGACUCUCCCCAAGAAGAUUGCGAAUUAAUCUCUACAUUUAGAUGGAGACCAAGAUAUGUCACAGAACCUAUUCUGUUGCCAAACGUACUUUACGUCGCGAUGCCAAAUAUCGGUCGACCAAGUCGUGACUGCUAUAAUUGCCGAAAGCGACGAAUUAGGUGUGACCUCGCACGUCCCGAAUGUAGCCAGUGCCGAAGGAAGGGCUAUUUGUGCGCCGGUUACCGGGAUGAGCUGGACCAGCUCUUUCGGGUUGAGACUGUGCACUCAUUCAUUUCGAAUAGGGCCCUGGACCGCCGAAGGGCAAGCAGCAGUAGACCAAUCCCACAGGCCUUGUCUAAGCACCGAUUUGGUCCAAUUCCUACCUUUGGUAUGGUAGUUGAUGACUCCAGGAACCCGCCUGCUUAUCACUUUGACAAGGCAGAUCCCGGGCCUCAGGUCCCCAUUGUAGAGUCAUGGACUGUCCACAUGUUGCCCCUGGUGAUGAGCAAGUUUUCCUCUGAUAUCCGAAACGGUAACUCCCAAACUAUCUAUAACGCUAUCCCACGACUUGUUUCCAAGGCAGGGGCAGGAUCCGCUCUUCACCUCGUCUGUGAUGCGAUUGGACGCAUUUAUCUAUCAAAGGCCACGCUCUCGCGCAGGGAGCGAUCUGCACAAUACAGUGCCUACGGGAAAGCGAUUACUGCUAUAAAUGCAGACCUACGCGAUCCACGACGUUGGGAAAGCGACGAAACCUUGGUAGGCGUGUUUUUACUGGGCAUCUACGAGCUUCUAUCAGUUUCUGACUUCAGCCUCGUGGUCAAAUCUCCCGGAUGGUGUGCCCACACUCAGGGCCUGAUAGCCUUGCUUGACAGGAGACAAGCAAGAAGCUUCAAAACAAAAGAGGCCAGGGACUUAUUCCUGGCUAUCUUUAACGCUCUUCAAAACCAAGCACUCAUGACAAUUCAAGACUAUUCCUGGGAAUUCAUGUCAUGGAUUCGUCAUUUCUACGCGAACUGUGAUCUAGAUGAACUUAAUGUAGUUCGCACUGCCGUAUUCGCCCAUCAUUGCAGCCGUCUCUGUGUUGUGAUCCAAGACCUAAUUGAUACCGCCGACCCCGAAUUGUUACUUUCCAUUUACCCCUCAAUAUUACAUCAUGUGGAAAGCGUCGAGAGCCAAACUAUGCCCCUAUCUCACGAUAAAUUUCUGCGAGAUUGUACGAUAGAGCACCCUUUGGACCCACUUUGCUCACCUAUUUCUAUCCAUAAUACAGGGCUCUGGGGAUAUCGGAGCAGCUUCCGCAUGCAACUGGCAUCACAGGUACAUAGACUUCUUAGUUUUGCAUACCAGGCACGCGGCUGUACACCCGAACAACAAACACAUCUUCUUCAAGCCCAACGGCGCUGCAUUGCAGAGUUUCGGGCCUUAGCGGACCAAGCUUUGCGCAUACUGGCUUCAUCUUGCGGGUUAGAAACUUUUAAUGGGUUGGAUCAAGUGGCAAGAUCAGAGAAUGAUAGCAACAGUUACAAGGUAGGGUUGUGGGAUGCAUUUCGACUAAUGUGGCCACUAAGAUCUAUUAUUACUUGUUAUAUCUCGUCGGACUGGGAGAGACAACUAGCGAAUAAGAUGCUUAGCACGGUCCACAUGCAGAUCCAACUCCUAUGACUAUUCAAAUCACAUUUACUUUGCUAGCUUGUAUGUACUUUGCAGGUGGUGGGACUUGUCUAUCUAUAAAACAUUACCAGCUUUGUUUGCAUUUGCC